AUGUCCCAGAACGUAAUCACUCUUUACGAUGCUCCUUCCAUCGCUCCUCAGCCUUGGGCCCCUAAUAUUUGGAGAAUUCGGUUCAUUCUGAACUUCAAAAGACUUCCUCAUCGCACCGUCUGGGUCGAGUUCACCGACGUCGAAACUACCCUACGAUCUAUAGGAGCUCCUCCUACGUCUACAAGGGGAGACAACCGACCUGUCUAUACUCUUCCCGUCAUCGUUGAUCCAUUGCGCUCUCGCUCCCAUCCUACCAUUCUCUCCAAUGCCCAAAGCAUCGCCGAAUAUUUGGAGACAUCCUACCCCGCCCGCCCCGUAUUCCCAGAAGGGUCGCGUGCACUUCAGACUCUUUUCGUUCAUCACAUUCAAGAUGUAUUUGCCAAGCCUCUCCUACCCAUCCUUGUCCCUCUGAGUCAUCAACGACUCCCGGAACGGAGUCAAGCUUACUUCCAAGGACCUGCCUAUUCUCAGUUAACUGGGCCGCAGAGGGAGCAAGCCUGGCGUGCAGUCAAGGAGCAAUUUGAUUUCCUUGCCGUCGUUCUAGAUAAGAAUGCAGGCGAUGGAGAUGGUACCGUGGUUCAGGGCCGCGACCUAAGCUAUGCCGACUUUGCUUUGUGUUCUGUGCUUAUUUGGAUUGAGCGAGUCUCUCCCCAUGACGGCUGGUCUCGUGUCCGUGGGUGGCACUCAGGCAGAUGGGCCAGACUUUGGGAAAGGUGCAAGGACUACAUGGAUGUGUACUAA